UUAUUUACCAAAACCCGGUGCUUGGCCGAGCACUUCUUGCCCAUUACCUUUCGAAUCGUUUUCUUUACCACCAUCAAGGUCAUCACGAAUACCAGCACUCCUUUUCACAGAACUUUAGAACUCGUAACGAAGCGUGCGGGAGGCUGCCAUAGAUCCAGCCCUUUACGUUGAUCGGUAUCAAACCAUGUGGCUAUCUCUCGAAUUAACUUUUUGUUACUUAAUUAUCUUUUUACUAAACACGGUACUAUACGCAAGGUAAACGUCGUUGUUUCUUCCAGCGAGGAAUAAGAUGUUGAAGUGUUUUUUAUCUCCACCGCUCGCAGUAAACAGCAAGAAGCACAAAUUCGAGGAUUAGAGAUUAUUGCCUAACUCCUGGACUUGUAUCCGAAAAUAACUGCACAAUUGAGAAAUGUGUGGUGGAUACACGCUCUGGUCUCUCUGAUCCCCUGAUUCUCUCUUGUGCUAAGUGCCUGGAAUCCUGAGAUUAUACUCGUGCGGCUAAAAGCCUUCAAAAGAUGUUUCGACGACUCGCCUCGAAGGUUUACCUGCCUAUAUAUUGAUUUAUCGAAAAGGAUCCCAGAAUAAGACAGGCACGAGUCCAAGCUUAACUUUUUGUUUGUUUUCAGUUAGAGGAACUGAAGGAAGUGUCCCAUACUGCACAGGAAGCGAAGCUAGACAGAGAGCUACUUCGUUUUGAGGAUAUGCUCGAGUUGUUUCUUGUUGAUAAAGACAUGUUUUUGGAGGAUCUCUACAGGCGGCUUAAACAAGUUACUUCCCUGUGGAGAUCGUGGAGGGGUCAAAGAUUGCGUGACGUGCCAGUAACCCACCUUGUGUCCACAAAACAGGUAAAGACUGCAAUUCGUGACAUUAGAACUUGGGUAAAUUGAAGUGCUGAUGUUGACAUGCCCUUUUCCCUCUCCCUUUCCAUUGGAAGAGAAAAAGGGAGGUACCAGAGCAGAGUGAUCCAAGUUAGGUGUCCUUGAUUGUGGGUUGGGAAAAAAAAGCUAAAAAAAUUAUGCUCAUCACUUCAGGGAUGUGCACCUCAUGAUUGAGUGCCAUAUAGUCUCCACUUUGCGCACCAAGAGGAGGCUGGACAUAAAUUUAUGAAAAAUAUAUGUUAAACUCUUGCUCGGCCCGUUUAAAGUUCGCGCGGACAACAAAGCAAGAAUUAAACAUCCCUUUUUAGAUCAACAAGAUACUCGUCAAUACUUUUAACAUGUGAUUUCCUUUAUUAAAUUUCUUGUGUUCGACCGCAACACCAAGUUGAGUAAAAGCCUAAAAUAAAAGAGCUAUAAUUUUGUGCCUUUUCUGUUUAAAUCUAUAGGUAGAAAACCUUAUUUGCUGGGAAAAAAAUCUCCCAGGGAAAAAGACGGAGGCGAAGUUGAAAGUUGGCAAGAAAAGACCAGAUGACAUGUUGGUUAGAUUUCUACAAUCCUGCAAAGAGUCCCACCAGCUCUGUAGACAAUUUUUUUUCUCGAUAUACACACCUCUUCACAAACUUUUCGCUGACGAAAGAGCCGCGUCUAUAGAAAAGGAACUGGAACGAGUCCUUAAACAGUGGAGCUCUCUCCUCGUACCAGGCCCCAUUAAUCACAGAAUGCUGAGCCCAGAGAGCUCCGAAGCAGUUUACAAUAUGAAGAUCACAAACAAACCACGUGACACGCGAUUUAACCUCAUUUUGAGACUAGUGCCAGACUUUGCCGUGAAAGGUUAUAAAGUUCUCUUUCUUGCACGUCAGUGGAGAAAUAUGUUGGGUUCAUCUGGUUACUGGAGGGAGUUGAAAUUCAUCCACAGCAAGAAGCAGUGGGCCUCAAGGCCUGAACCCUCCUACUCAAGUGUUUGUAGAAGUACAUUCCAUAAGUUAGAAAAGGAGUUGACCUGUUUUGGAGAGGGCGAGAUGACGGAGUCAGAAGGUCGUGUAAUGAGAAUAGGCGAUCGAACAGCAUCACGUGACAAUGAAGUGCUUGGAACGAAUAUGAAAUUUCAUUCGCUAAGAGAAACCGAUGAGAGAUUCCCCUGCUUGGCCUCAUUUAAUUUAGACAUGAACAAGAAACGAAGAGAAUUUUCAAGGAUGGAUCUAAAGCGAAAACAGGUCAAAGUACCGGGAGUCAAAACAGAAAUUCUCGAUAGGAAACUAAGAUCGCGUUACACGGCCGAGAAAACCGUAGAGGGCCCGUUGUUCCACACUUUGGCUGUUUCGAGGACGAAAUGCUGGGGUUCAAGAAAUGAGAUUUCAAGCAAAAAGCAACAAAAUAACUUG